AUGGAUCGCUAUCUGAUCAAAAAGACGCCUUCAAGCGGCACUCUCAAACGCAAGGCGUCAGACAGCCCCGCGAAUUUGACGCUUGUUCCUGCUAAACGACCGCAACCUCUUCAUCCACACGAAUCCCGCUUGGAUGCCGUUGAUUCUCGCGACCAAGACAGGAAAUAUCAAGGGCUUGAAUAUGAUUCUUGGAUAGCCCAAGUGAAGUCAGCCAUUGACCAAGCCCGAACCGCAGCCCGCUCCAAAGAAGGCGGCAUCAAAGUCUUAGGGGCCCUUCUCAAGAUCAUCAAUCUUUGCCCUUGUAAGCCGGGCAGUCACGGAAACAACAAGGCCUGUCAUAUCUCGCAAUGCGUGACUGCGGUGUACGAAGAGAGCCCCGAUGCUCUGUACCGCGCUGCUAAGGAGCCAUGCCCUUGCGGCUUUGUAUGGCCAUCUUGUAUCGACCUCUUCCAUAUCCGAGCCGUCGACGCCCUGGCCGAUUCUCUGGACAAACAGGAAAAGCACGUCGCCGCAUUUUCCACUGCCCUUGGUCUCAUUCGCUUGGAUCCGGCCCACCCCAUAGGGUAUUGUCGUGUUGCCAGAAUCCUUCGCAACUUGACCAAGAACAAAGACCAGCAGACGGCAGCUCUUGCGCUUACGACCCUUUUGCGAGACUCUAAACUUGACCCUUCCCACGAUGUGCACGACCUCACAGUCCGGUUCGUCAGGUCCGGGCUCUACAACAUGGAAAAGUACCGCCGGGUUAAGUAUAAUCAGUACCAUAUUCUUCUGCGUCAGUUGUCCAGUAUGCUAGACAUGCCCGAGUCAAAAAGAGAUCCUGUAGAGAAGCUUCCCCAUGAGCUGCUCACCAUGAUCUGGUCGCAUCUUGACACCGAAACUUUGAUGAAGUGUGAACGUGUGAGCAGGAAAUGGCAGAAGGCGGUACUUUCUGACUCGGUGCUCUGGAGCAAGGUCUCGCUGGGCAGGCCUGGGAAACCUGGCCGACUCUUUCCACGGUUCCUCAACAAGCACAAGAACAUCCGAUCGCUGACGAUCAGCGACACAUCAUAUUUCAAGAUGACUCACGACAAGCUUCAAAUGAUCAUGCGUGGCUUACCCGGUUUGGAACGGCUAAGUCUUCAUAGACGCAUGCGUCUAAACAACCCGGACGGACCCGAGGAUGUUCCAAACUUGCUUGGGGGAGUGCAAGGGAAGCACUUCACAAAACUAACACAUCUCUCACUGAACAAACUGGAUGCACAUACAGCUGGAGAGCUUCUACCGCUCACAAGUCUGUCUCUUCAAGUGUUGGACCUACAAGGCUUCGUAGGGAAGAAUCUCAACGCCAUCAUGACCCGACAGCUUUGGCCGAGUUUGAGAAAGCUACGGCUGAAGAUGCGGGACGAAGACUAUGGCCCAAGGAUAGAUCUCGGGCAACUGAAUAUGAAUGGGCUAAUGAAACUAACCCCAUACCUCGAGGAACUUCAUAUCGAGGGGUACGGGCUCAAGUUUGUCAAUCUCUUUGAUAACAAGAUGGCUUUCGACAAGGUCAAGGUUCCUUCGAGCGAUAUACAACCUUGGCAAAAUUUGCAGUCUUUAUAUCUCGGCUCAUUGAGAAGUAACCCGCUUAUUGAAGACAUGUUUAUGGGGUCUUAUGUUUUGCCGGCUCUACCAAACCUCCGCUCUGUUGAGAUCCUUUCCGACAGAGCGCACCUGAUCGACUAUCUCUUUACGACAUGUGAUGAGCGGGGGAGCCCGUUAGGAUCUUCUCUGACUGGUCUCCAUGGACCCACUGCUCAGUCGGGCAUUGCUUCGGCGGGUUGGCCACGGCUGGAGGUGUUCAGGUGCCAUGGCCCUAUAUCCACCGGUAUACUGCAAAAGGCCCUGGGGGAAGCAGCCACAAAUGGUUCGCUAAAGGUCCUUGAAUUGGCCAUCAAUAGCGACCAGUCACUGUUCGAUCGCCGGAUCCAAGUUGAUCCCCGGAAGGACUGGGCUUUCGCGUCGUCGCCGAGCGUUCACCAUCUCGGACUAUACCACUUCAACUGGGCCCAGCAUUACAGCAAUUUCGAUGGCCAGCUUUUUAUCGACUGGCUGCAGAAGUUCCCCAAUGUCGACACGGUUACGGUCGCACCUGGACGUCAUAGUGGUAUAUUGCCCUUCAUCGAGAAGCUGAUCGCCCACCCGCAAAUCAAGACAUUGUACUUUGAUCCAUCGGGCUUGUCCAGCCCGGAAAGGUACGAGGUAAUGGACACAGGGAAGAAAUACGGGGUACGACUGUUCAAGUUGAACGAAGAACCUUUGAAUCCUUUUGAUGGAGGUUCUUUCGAUGGCGCUAGACCGGAUCUCGGACAGAGGGUUUGA